CGCGGGCGCACUCGCGCGCAACGGUCAAUACCAAACUUUUUAAAUUUCAAAUAUCGAAAAUAGUGCUGUGACAUAUCUGGAUUGUGUGUGUGUGUGUGAUCUUCUUCUCUUUAUUUCUCCGAUAAAGGGAUAGAUGUUCUUUUCGGAUCUGUGUUCAAUCUCUUUAGCUUUCUGCGGUACCUAUACUUAUGCUGUAUUCGCUCGAUAUGUCGACAUAAAGAUUGUGCUGUCGACUCCCUCAAGCGUUCUCACAGCAGAUGGAGUAGGAAAGCGUUCAGAGAUUACCAACACAAAUGCUUAUCAACACCCUGAUGGAAGGCGACACGAUAAGCACGAGCAACCUCCUGUCUUCCAUCAAGAGACUCAACGGCGACGGCAGGGAACACGGAACAAUCAAGGCUUUACUCAAAAACUUCAUCCUACCUGAAGACAACAUGGCUAUCAAACAAAACCAAAGCGAAAAAUACGUCUACACUAUCCCCGUCAAACCACCCGUCACUGAAAGGUCAAAGUCGAUCAACGAAGCUAAACAGGCCUUCCUGAACUCUACUGUUAAUCCAAUCCCAACCUUACCACGUACUUACUUAAAGAAAGAACCGACAUUGCACUACGCACAGAUCGCUAUCACCACGGAUGAAGAUACCAGAAGCACUGGCGGUGGGAAAGAAAUUAAACCAACCAUAAAUACAAUCAAACACAAAGUAAGCACUCUACCAGUAGACAUGUCACCAAACAUUAAGAAAAAGGUGGAACCACAACCAAGGAAAGUGAGUUUUAAAAUAAAAAAUGCAUCCGCGUCGUAUCGACGGCCACCGCUAGCUACGAAAACUGUGACAAUACCAAGCACUAAAGUCUCGGAACUUACAAAAAAGUUCAAUGACUUAAUGACUGAUUCUCAAAACGGACCAAUCAAACAGUCUAAACUUGUGAAAACAAUAGAAGAUCUGCAGUCUACGUCACGGUGCGCUAGCAAUAGUUCAACUCCCUCAUCCACACUCAGUUCAAGUCCAAAUAUCAAGAUAGUAGUACGUCAAAGAAGAGGCUCUAAAAAGAGGAACAAUAGAAAAAGAUGUUCCAGCAUGGACUCAAUAGACAAACUAAUAAUUUCAGACAAUUCCUCAGCUAAAAUUCGUGUUAUACGAUCAAAAUCCGACGGCAACAAAAUUCCUAAAUCGCCCAAAAAAAGAUUAAAAUACCAAGAUUCAAGUGAACAACAAAGUGGAUCAGAUUCCGUUGAUGGCACUCCAACUAAACCAAAACCUUCUGAAUCUCCCAAAGACAAACAACCUCAAGAAAGAAACGUAGUAAAAAAUGUCAUCAAGAAAUUCGAAUGUGAAAUAAACGCCCAAUCAACCUACAAUAAUACUUUGAAAAGACAAACCGAUGUAAAGAAAAGUACAAUACCUAUUAAAGAAAAACCUAAAGUACCUGAAAAGAAAUCGACAUUAGUAUUAACGAAAAAUCUUGUUGUGAAAGAUGGUGUUCCGAAAAUUAAGACAGUUAAACCUCUUCCCAACGAUACAUCUUCAAAGCAGGAAGUGAGUAAAGAACAAAAUAUAGAAGCUCUUAGAAAGAAGGAACCAAUUUAUGACAAAAAGAAAUACAAAACAAAUUACAUACAUUCCGUGAAAUUGCCCCUUCAUGUUGUUGAAAUAAUUCAAGAAGAUAUUAAUGAAAAUAACGUUACGAUAACAAAUACCAAUGAACAAGAUUUGCUUACUCCGGACAAAAACUACUCUAAAGAAGACGAAAAAUCAUAUCAGGAGCUGACGUCUCAAAUAACACCUAACGAAUCUUUUCUCUGGAGGCGAAAGAGUAGUACUCAAAUAUACUCGGACAGUGAAAAGUCCAUAUCGGACAGUCCUUAUAGUUUUAUUAGUAUUACUAUGAAUGAAAAUACAAUCACUUGCUCAGACGAUCCAGAAGAAAUCUCAGUCAAAGACGAAUCUCAAUCAUUUGAAAUUAUCACAGAAUCUCAAGUAACAGUUACAAAAAACGAAAGUAAAACCGAUUCAGAUUUUGAAAGUAAUUUGGUUGAAGCAUACAAUAAAGAAAUCCUUGUUGGAUUUACAAGUAAACCGAAGAAAGAACCAGUACCCGAUGAUGACUACGAACCAUUAGAACCCAAAAACGUCGAAAACGUUUUAGUAAUACCGAUUAAAAGUGCCGAUAGAUCUUCGAAGAUUAACUGUCCGUUGCCGGAAAUACCUAAAGUGACGACACAGACGCCACCAGAGUCGCCACAGAGGGACGGAAAGGAGAACAUUUACCAGUGCUUAUUAGAAAUGAGGUCGCACCCUGAGGGCGACGAGAGUAGUAUACAUAACUACGAACUUUGCGAAGAGCAGUUGGAAGAGAGAACACGAGGGGAUGGAGACAGUGACGACGGUUACGAAUACUGUAAAUCCCCCAUUAAACCUUAUUGCUUAACUUCUAGUUCUGGUAUCCAGAUUGCCGAAGGCUACCAGCCCUAUUCUAAAGGAAACGAUAAGAACUACACGAUUUCAAAAUCAGUAAGUGGAACAUCCACUGUAAGUUAUGAGAAAAUAGGUUCCGACAGGAUUUACGAAAAGAUUCCAGCACAUCAGUCAAAAUCUAAAGGCAGUAGUCCGAGCUACAGCAACAGGCAUUCUUUCGUGUCCACUUCGGACUACACGGGCUACAAUGACAGUGAAAAUAUCUACGACACGAUCAAGCACGGUGAUGGGGCUUCUUUGUCUCAUUGCUACGAGAGCAUCCCUAAUAGUCCGAGUAUGGUGAAGCUGAGGAAUAAUUUGAGGAAACAGCUAUCAUCUGCGGCACAGAAACGCCUGUCCUUUGAUACAGUGUCGAACAUAAGCCAAUCUACUUUAUCCAGUGAGCAGAAAACGAAUAGCAUAUAUGGACAGAGGUCUGUGAUCAGCUACAAUGGGCAGGAGAUUGCUUUCCAAGUGCCAAGCAGUGAAGUCAGCGCAAGUGGCAGCGACAGAAGUGACGACUGGGUUGACGUGUCUGAUGAGGAAAAGAACGAAGAACAAAAGAUCAUCAUUGUUCGAGAAAGAAGUCGAGGAAGAAAGAGUCCCGUCAGCUGGUCGCAGAAGGUCAGACAUCAAUGGCAGAAAACACCGAAACAAAAGAACGGCGAUAAAGAUUGCGACAGCAGCGACUCGGGCCACGUGUACGAGUCGCUGGAGCCGGCGCAGGCGCCACCGCACGCCGCCCAUGCGCACGCGCCGCUUGACGACGACUUCGACUCCUUCGACAGCGACUCCGAGAACGAGGACCAUGAUAAGUCUGCGCACACGCAAGCCCCAGCGCUGCCCGCGUCGCGGCUGCCCAACCCGCCCACUAGUGGGCAGUACACGCUGACUAAGAUAGCCAGCGCGGCGCAGCGCAAAAUGAGGCAGAUCAAACGGAAUCUCACUAAACGAUAUUCUGUGGCAAUGGACGGCAAACCAUUCAGCAAGUUGUCAUCAAACAGCCAAUCUAACGGUACAUAUGACGUGCCUAAGACAAAAAAGUCCCCCAUCUACGCCAACUAUGAGAAACCUGAAAUCCAGCACAUUUAUAGCAACAUUAACUUCAACGACACCAGGCCUGUACUUAAGACUGAAACUCCUGUGAAGCCCAACGGGUUUAAGGAUGAACUAAAGACUGUUAUAGGGGAAAAAAGGCUAAGCAACGGGGAUAUACCACCUCCUUUACCAGAGAAACCUCCUCCGGAAAAACCCACGACUCCUACAGAAAGUAAGAAAGAUAACGGGACUUUGUCAAGGAAAGCUUACUUCUCUUUCAAGUCGAGGUUCAGAAGAGCGUCGUCCUUAGCGGUGGAUAUCAAUUCGGAAGUGCCGAGUGCUUUGAAGAUAACUAACUCGACUUUCUACCUGACUGACUCUAUGGACGGUGAUUCCGGAUUUAGUAAUUGCAGCGACGGCCCGCCGGGCAGCACGGAGACACUGGCGCCGCGCCGCCGCGAGCAGGGUAGGCUGCGUGCGGGCUGGGCGGAGUCCUCGCCCUGCCUCGCCCUGGAGCGCCCGGCCGUGCCCCCACCGCCGCCGCCAGCCGCCCCCACCACUGACCUUAGCGCUGUCAACGAAGAAUUGAAGCGGCUGCUGCCAACACUCUCGCGCAAGGACAAGGCGCCGCGCGCGCGCACCUCCUGGUACGCGGAGUGCGCAAGCGACACGCUCUCCACGCAUACUUCCAAUACCUCUUGGUACGCGGAGGCGGGUCUGUACCAGGCUGGCAACAUAUCGUCAUCGUCGGGGGCCUCCUCGGGCUCCCACCCCGCGUCGCCACUGCCACACUCGCUGUUCCCACACGAACCGCUCUACCAGUUUUACACCGCCGCUAAAGUUGAGUCGGUGUGCCGAGAGACAGGAGAUUCAGAUUCAGACGCGUACGAAGUAACGGGCGGUCCAUCCGCGCCUGCGCCCGCGCCGCUGACGUCACCGGGCGCGCGGCCCUCAGCCAUGGCCCUCGUGGCGCCCCGCGGCCCCGCGCGGACCCUCUGGUGCGAAGUCCCUGAGGUCCUCAAUUCUACUGUUCUUAGCUCCCUUGCGCCCGCGCAGAAACGCCUGCAAGAAGCGAAGUUCGAGCUGCUAACAUCAGAAGCGUCCUACCUGAACUCCCUCAACGUGCUAGAAGCUCACUUCAUAGCGCACCCAGCCUUCAGAGAGACACAUAUCCUGCCGCGCUGUGACUGGGACACGCUGUUCUCAACUAUUUUGCCAGUCCGCAAAUGCUCCCAGCUGCUGAUGAAUGAGUUGGAGAAGUGCUGGCAGGAGAACAUUCUCCUGACGGGGAUCUGCGACAUCGUGCGGCGCCACGCAGAGCAGCACUUCCACGUUUACGUCAAGUACUGCGAGAACCAGGCGCUGAUGGUCAAGGCUCUGCAGCGGUUACGAGAGAGGCCUUCAUUCGCUACAGCUCUUAGAAGACUGGAAAGCCACCCGGCGUGCCAGAGCCUGUCACUCCAUUCGUUCCUGAUGCUGCCGAUGCAGCGAGUGACCCGUCUACCGCUGUUGCUAGACGCAGUUCUGAAGAACCUCGCACACACCGACCACGAGUACGAGAGCUGUAUGCACGCGCUCGCUACGCUCAAUAAUUUCGUACAACAAUGUAACGAAGGCGCCCGCAACACGGAAAGGAUAGAAGAAAUGUUUCGGCUGGCGCACAGCAUCGAGUUCCCCGCCGCCGUGCGCGCGCCACCCAACCUCGGCCCCGCCUGCGCACGCAGGGAUAGAAGGCCAGUCCGCUGGCUGGUGCGGUCCGGAGAGAUGACGCAGCUGGUGUGGAAGACAGACGAGCUAAAGUUAACCUUCGGCAAGAAGUUCCACAAGGUCCCGCUGCACCUGUUCCUGUUCAACGACCUCCUCGUCAUCACCAAGAAGAAAGGGGAGGAGUCGUACGUAGCGGUGGACCACUGCCCGCGGUCGCUGCUGGAGGUGUGCAGCAGCGAGGGGGGAGCGGCGCAGGCCAAACACGCGCUGCUGCUCACCCUGCUGGAGAACCAUGAGGGACGCACCGUUGAGAUGCUAAUGUCAUGCCCAAGCGAGACAGACGCAUCCAGAUGGAUAGAAGCACUGGUACCACCAACCAGCGUGGACGGCGAGGCUGUAUACGCCGGAUGGGAUUGCCCACAAGUGGCUGCGCUAUACGCCUACAGCCCUGCACAACCAGACGAGCUCCAGCUCACUGAAGGAGACAUCAUCAAUGUUACGAGGAAGACCAGCGAAGGUUGGUUCUACGGCGAGCGCACCCGCGACGGCGAGGCGGGCUGGUUCCCCGGCGCCUACACCGCCGAGAUCGCCUCCGCACACGUGCGCGCGCGCAACCUGCGCCAGCGGUACCGCCUGCUCGCCCUCUCCGGGACAUAUCUUGGGCAGAAGAAGCGACCUGUCUGAACGUAUACUUUCUUUUUGGUACGAAUGAUAAAAAACUCGCCUGGGUAAAAGAGAUCAUCUAUUUCAAAGCCCUAUUUCUAUGAAAGAUCUAUUUUCAGAGCGAUAUAAAUUGCGAUAGGAAUACUUAAAAGUAGGUACUUACCGACUAAGAUUUAUUUUCUUAUCUACGCGAUACGACUGGAGGAACGACUUUUCAUCGGGAGCGAUAUUAACUUAUUCUUAAAUAUGUCUUAUUGGACUACUGUCUGCAUUCUUUCUCUCUUCAUAAAAGUAACAUGAACUGACCACUUUUAAGUGUUUUGUAAGUUUAAGAACUUUUGUGCACAUUUCAUUGUUUCGACAGUCGUAACGUAACGAACGCAUAGCGCAUUGGUUAGAUAAUUUAUCGCAGCGCGCGCGAUAUGUGUGCAGCAUGCUACGCGGACUGAUGUAUGAAAGAAACAACUCGAUUUCAGAACGAAUGAUUACUGUCAAGUUUGUGCAGAAUGUUCUCAUUUUCUAUUGACUUCACGUUUUAAGUGUUUUGUAGCCGAACGCACUUUUGUUCGCUUCCCAAAUGAUCGUAUGCCUAAUUAUAAUUACAAAAUGAAUUCAGUGGUAAGUGUACACGUUUGCUCGUGUAGGUAACGCCUGACGGCAGGAUUUGGUGAACAACAGAUCCGUCCAUACACUGCCUUAUGUUAUAUUUUAGACUAGUAUUUUCGAGCAUUUUAUCUAUGUAGACAAUGUAUGGUGGAAUUGCACCCUUAAUAAAAAUGAACUUUGGUGCUUAUUUAUAUAGGAGUAAAAUAUUUUUUUGAAUGUUAUCGUACGUUUAUGCUCUCAAAGAGUAUUUUAAUAUGUAUAAGUGUGAGAUGUACAGUUACGUAUGAGAUUCGCAUCAGUUUAUUGUACAGAGUAAAAUUAAUUUUCGUUUUAUUGAACGUUUACUGAUUGUAUUAAGUUUUGCAUCACUGUAUCUAUUAGGCUAUGUAUUAGGUAGUUCUGCAAAGCAUCACUUUCCGCUAAUUUUCAAAAAUUGCCUAGUCAUUUGGCGGAUGAGUAAAAUGAUAAAAUCACAUUUGAUUUCAUGAGAUUCUAAGAGAUAUUUAAAUUUUCACAUUCCGUGUCAAUCACAUUCUAUGUAACUAUGUAUGCUGUACCCAAUACAAAAUGUAACAAAUUAAAUUUCAAUGUAAUUUUAAGUACUUAAGUAAAUUAUUGUUGUGUAUAUAGACAUUGUCGUAUAACAGUCGCUGGGACUUAUAUAUAGUUUAUGAUGAUGAUUAAAAUAUAAAUUCUGUAUCAA